AACAACUGCCCCAGUUGACAUCUCUGCCUCAACAAGUAAACAGCUGUUGAGAGCGCCGAGUGUGAGCGUGGACUGUGUCACGAGAAGGUUUACGCGGUAACGUGUCGCGUGUAUGACGCGCCGUGUGACACUGACGCGAGUGUAGGCCACGUGUUGUCAACACAAAAUCCUGACGUUUAACCGGUACCAUGAAUUAUCUCACCAGCUGAUAAGGUCUCGGUCAAAGUUCGACAUGCUGCCUUUCCAGUGUUAGUCCCACUGCCGGCUCAUCAUAGCAGGCAUCUAUGAUUUACCCUUAAUUAAUUUUAGAUUCCCAAUCAUUUUUUAAUUUACGGAAAAAAGUAUUUCAAUUAGUUUUGCAUCAAGUGUCAACAAAAAUCAGAAUGGCUGAUUCUGAAAAGACGCAGACAGAGGCUCCAGUCCCGGACGCGGACGAACAAGACAAACUACUCAUGGCAGAUGGUCAACAUAAUGACAGUUAUCUCAGGAGUCAAGAGGAGGGAACAUUACCGAAAACAGAGUUGACCGUCAGUGACGUACAAACGAAAGAGAAGAAUGGGGAUGUGGCAGCGUCAUCGGAAGAAGUCAACCUCAAAAGAGAACUGGGCCUGUUCAGUGCUGUUAGUCUCAUUGUCAGUGUCAUGAUAGGUUCAGGGAUAUUUGUGUCACCAUCCAGUGCCCUGCAAAGGGCAGGGUCAGUGGGUGAGUCCCUGAUAAUCUGGGCCUCGUGUGGUGGCAUUUCAUUACUGGGAGCUCUAGCGUUUGCAGAGUUAGGCACUGUUGUACCACAGUCAGGUGCAGAAUACUCAUACUUUCGAGCAGCGUUCUCUCCUCUCCACAAGUUCUUCGGUCCUCUUCCAAGUUUCCUGUACGUCUGGGUGGUGGUGCUGAUCCUGCGACCAGCUGAAGUGGCCAUCAUCGUGCUGACUUUUGCUGAAUACAUUUACAGUCCGAUAGCUUCAGCCAUCAAUGCUGAGCUCAGUUAUUUCAAACAGGAACUGCUCAAGAAACUUAUUGGAACACUUGCCUUAGGUGUAAUUACAUUCGUCAACUUUAGAAGUGUGAAACUGUUUGUCAGUAUGAACAAUAUCUUCUCUUCCUUCAAGAUAGUUAUUUGUAUGGUUGUUAUUGGAGGCGGCAUCUAUAAUCUCUGUCUAGGUAAUGUGGAAAACCUUAGCUCAGGAUUUGAAGGCUCAAAAACUGGGCUAAAAGAUAUAAUCCUGGCAAUUUACAGUGGGUUAUGGGCAUAUGAUGGUUGGUCAUCAGUGGUAAUAGUUUCUGAAGAAGUUAUCAAGCCAGAUAAAAACAUUCCAAGAAGUAUAAUGAUAGGAGUGCCUCUAGUUACAUGUCUGUACACAAUGAUGAAUGUGGCAUACAUGUCCGUACUUACUGUUGGGGAAAUGAUAUCUGUCCCAGCUGUAGCUGUAGCAUUUGGUGACAAAAUACUUGGACCUUUAAAAUUUAUUGUCCCAGUGGGGGUUGCUCUCUCUACCUUCAGCUGUGCCAUGGGAAUUCAGUUUGGAGUGUCAAGGUUAUGUUUUGUUGCCGGUCGUGAGGGACACAUGCUGGAGUCAAUUUCUUACAUCCAUGUCCGCAGGUACACUCCUGCCCCAGCUGUUGGGAUGCAGGCCUUGCUCACCUUACUGUUCAUGCUGUCUGGAGACAUCAUCAGUCUGAUAGAGUUUGCCAGCUUCCUCAUCUGGACCUUUUAUGGUCUAGCUUUCUUUGCUCUUAUAGUUUUGAGGAAAACAAAAGCUGACACUUACAGACCUUACAAGGUGCCGAUAGUGAUACCUGUGGUGUUAGCAGUUUUAUCAGCUGUAAUAGCAGGAGUUCCCAUAGUGAUGGAUCCUGCACCAGAAUAUAUCGCUGCCAUACUCUUCGUUCUUCUGGGAGUUGUUGUCUACUAUCCCCUUGUCUACAAAAAAAAGAGACUGCCUUGUAUGGAAAAAUUCAACUACUUCAUUCAAGUAUUGAUGGAAGUUGUGCCUCCAGCGAAGAUGCCAGACAAUUGAUUGUCUACUGUAUGAUAUUUAGUGUGAUAAUAAACAGUGACAUUUAGUUCAUAGUCUUCUUAGUACUAAAAACUCCAGUGCUGAGUUUAAUAUAAUUAUUAUAUUUAAUAACAAAUCUAUGACUUUCAACACAUUCCAUGAAUGUGUUAAAGAUAAGUGUACAUAAGUUAUAAUGUAAAGAAUGUGUAUUUGUAAUGCACCUAAGGGAUACUAUUUCAGUUCUACACACCAUUAGAAUUACAAAAAGAUUAUUUACUACACUUUAAUACAUUUUGGAAUCCCAGCAAUAAACCUUAGUGGAUAAACUAGUUUUGAUAGAUUCAAAAAUCAAUAAAUAUUACUAAUACCCACUUAGUAUACUCAUUUUCGAAUAAUUUAAUGUAGUUAAUAAUUUUCAAAGAAUGUCUAAAAUUGAUUUAUUAUUAAGGUUGGAUGUGUUUUUAUACUUACAUUUAUAGUAUUUGCUUAUGCACUGCUGCUGGCUGGUCAGAAAGGAAAUUCUGGCCAAAAAACUGUUACUAACAAAAUUAAAAAGGAAUAUGUAACAUAUUAUUGUUAUACAAAAGUUAAAUGCUAUGCCUAAACAUGUUUGAAAUACAGUGUAGGUUGUAGUGAGCAUUAGUUUAUAACAGUACGGAGAAAUCCCCUGUGUUUUCCCAUACACUCAUACGCAACACUUUCAGUACUCACAAUGUCAGUAGUUACAUUCUAUGUCGUAUGAUACAAAACUGUAUCAUUUCAAACACGCUUUAGACUUAUGACAUUGAUUUUUGAAGUAAAGUAGUUGAAUAAUAUUGGAAACAUGCAGAAAUAGUGAAAAAUUAAUUAAUGAAUUAGUUGAAAAUACUGCAAUGAGCUUACUUGUUUAUGAUUUCAUGAAAUGUCUUUUUUUUCUAAGUGUGCUUUGAAAUGUACUUUUCUAUUUAUUUUCUCUUGGGAGCCCUUAAGGCUAUCAUCUGACCUAUAUUAUAUUGGGUCUUUGAUUAAUUAAAUGAGAUGAGUAGGGAUGCAUUUACGGAUUGCUACACUAUUAAGAGCUUUGUUUUCAUAAAGGUGUCAACAUACGCGGUGGAAUAGAGAGUUAGAUCCUUGUCUUGACACGUUCAUGUCAGAUCACUCUGCAGUACUUGACAUAGUGCUGAAUUGAAAAUGUAUCUGUUACAGUAUUGUAUACAAAUUGAUUAAUUAAAUGAGAUGAGUAGGGAUGCAUUUACGGAUUGCUACACUAUUAAGAGCUUUGUUUUCAUAAAGGUGUCAACAUACGCGGUGGAAUAGAGAGUUAGAUCCUUGUCUCGACACGUUCAUGUCAGAUCACUCUGCAGUACUUGACAUAGUGCUGAAUUGAAAAUGUAUCUGUUACAGUAUUGUAUACAAAUUGAUUAAUUAAAUGAGAUGAGUAGGGAUGCAUUUACGGAUUGCUACACUAUUAAGAGCUUUGUUUUCAUAAAGGUGUCAACAUACGCGGUGGAAUAGAGAGUUAGAUCCUUGUCUCGACACGAUCAUGUCAGAUCACUCUGCAGUACUUGACAUAGUGCUGAAUUGAAAAUGUAUCUGUUACAGUAUUGUAUACAAAUAAAGAUGUUAGUUAAUGUAAAUAGUUUCCUACAUCUUCAGGACUACAUUAUGUAUCCAACAUCCUCCAACAUAUGAAAGUGGGAUGAUUGGACACUUAGUCUCGAUAAAUGGCCACUGAUGUUGGAGGAUGAUGUUAAUAAAAUGUAAGAUGUUUAUUGGCUGAAAGAUUCCAAUAAACAUAUUUGACAUUUAUAUUUAGGGUCAUUAACACAAAUUGUUAAGAUGCAAUAAUAUUUAGUGUUAUUAAUCAAAUAUUAUCACUUAGAAGUUUAUUCAAUUUUCUUACAUUCAAUUUAUGUUAUUUAUAACAAACAUAUCGGUGUAUGAACACAAAAUACUCAUUUCUAUGUGAAUCCUUGACACAAUUUAGAUAACAAAACGGUGCCUUUUGGACUUUAUAGCCAAUUAUCAAGUGUGAUUGUAGGAUACAUAGUGUGGAUCUUGCUUUAUAGUUGUAAGUUUUUAUAGCAUUUCAAUAUAACAAUGUUAUUUUUUAUAAAUUAAUUGAACUACUGAUAUAAGUUUCUAUUAAAAUGUAUUUACUUGA